AUGUCCCGCAUCGGCGGCGUGUUGGGAGGGAGAGAAACGCAGCAUUUUGUGCAGCGAACAAUCGCACUUCGCAGUCUUCAGAAGACGCUAGAGCAAGAUCUCGAGAAACGAAUUGCUAGAUUUCAAAAAGAUUUCGCAGGAAAAAGCCUUGGCGGUUACCCUAUGCCAGCGAACCUCGAGAUUGAGGAAGGAACAGCCGGUGGCCGUAGCUGGGGAAAGGAUGGUGAUCGUCCGGUCAUGGUCGAAUGGAAGGACUACCGGGUGCUUCAAGGUCAGGAUGCCAUCCGCUUGAUGGGGCGGAACGAUAUUCUGGCAGAGAUGCUUCAUGCAACUCCGAAGCCUGAUGAAUUGAUGACGUUGCACUGUAAAGGGUACUUUGACGACAUUGCGAAUAAGAGAUAUGGCUUCGUCUUUGAGUCCCCUGCAUCGGGCUCCGAAGGUGUACUAUCUCUCAACAAGCUGUUGAACAAGCCACCCCCAGAACGAUUACCAACGCUUCAUCAACGAUAUCAGCUUGCUUACCAGCUGGCAAUGACACUCUCAAUCUUACUGACCAUUGGAUGGCUACACAAGGGCAUCAGGAGCCACAAUGUGCUUUUUGCUCACAAGGAAGGCGACACUCGAUGGAGUCGACCAUAUCUUUGUGGCUUCGCCUAUGCACGGCCAGACAAGCCAGACGAGUUUUCGGAAAAGCUCGAGCACAGUGAACGCUUCAACGUCUACAGACACCCCUUAGCUCAGGGACAGCCGCAAGAGGGCUACCACAAAGCCUUCGACAUCUAUAGCUUGGGCGUGCUUCUGUUUGAAAUUGCAACCUGGAGACCUGCCUUCUCUUUGUGGACUCAUGAUGCCACCCAGUUUCGAAGAGAGCUUUGUAAGGCAAGCAACCAGAAGCGGAUAGCACAUAGCAUGGGCAUCGAUUACCGGGAUGCCAUGCUGAAAUGUCUCGACGGAUCGUUUGAGGGCGAUGCAGCCUCAACUCCCAAAGCUUUCUUGCUAGAGAUAGUUGAAGCCCUCCGCCAGCAGUGCCCAGAGGCAGGAGCUUGGUAA